UGCUGGGCAACUGUGAACAGCCACCUACUUGGAUUUAUUUUAAAAGAGCGAGUUUGGAGCAUUGAAGGUGUUUCAUUUCUAGACAGACUGACCGCUUCAUGCCCUCCACGACAACCUUCUGAACCUCUGUUUGACCCCACCUCUUCUUCUCUUGUCUGCGCGGCCCUCGGUGCUCCCCCAGGCUGCUUAGAGAGCUGGCACAGCGCCAUGGUAACUUACAGCAAGUUUGACUCCGCAAUGAGCAGCAGCCUCUUGGACUCCAACAUGCGGCUGCCUCACCGUUACAAGACCUUCACCUCCAAGACGCAGUACCAGAUGGUCCUCACCACACUCCACAAGCUCCAGGAGAGUGGCUUCUACUGGGGCGCCAUCACCGGGAAGGAGGCCAACGCCAUGCUGGCUGCAGAGGCCACCGGCACGUUCCUCAUCCGGGACAGCUCCGACAACCGACACCUGUUUGCCCUCAGCGUCAAGACGGCGUCAGGCACCAAGAACCUGCGUAUCCAAUGUGACACGACCUCUUUUUACCUGCAAACAGACCCUAAGAACAUUCAAUCUGUCCCCCACUUUGACUGCGUCCUCAAGCUGGUCCAUUGCUACAUGUCUCAGAGCAAAGGGAACUCUCGCAGUGGGAAUAUUUACUACAUUUACUCUGGAGGGGAGAAGAUCCCCCUGGAGCUCAUCAAACCUCUCUCCUGUAGCUUAUCCACCCUGCAGCACUUGUGCAGGAAAACAGUCAAUGGACAUUUGGACAUUUCUUCUAAAAGAGACCAACUUCCUCAUCCUCUUAAGGAGUUCCUCCAGGAGUAUGAUGCUCCUAUCUAGAGCUGUUGCACCAAUCUUGAAGGGGCAAAGACUUGAGAGUGUAACGAAGAAACUGGAUGGAUUUCAGCACAGCUACGUUCAAAGACAUGAGGAGUUACAAUGAAGCAGAGUCAAGAGAAUCAAGCCCGGGACUGUACUGACAAGAUGUGUGUAGCUCUCACAUUUCAGACACUGGAGUGGGGACUAAUCCACAAAGAGGGCCAAGAGAAAGAAAGCUGUAAUCUGGUAGUAUGAAAGAGAGAAACCGGCUGUCCUCCUCUGCUGAUGACGUACAACUUACUGAAAACUGAAGUGAGGCUCACAGUCAGCUGUGUAUAGUCUGAUGACACACAGGUUCCCUCUGCUGCUAACUAAUGUGCUGUGAGACUGUCGACAUCGACCUCAGAAAAUCAUCUAUCCUUUAAAGCUGGUCUGGCUUCUUUACGAUGAGGCUGGCUUUUUUGCUGACCUUGGAUGAUAAUCUUGGACGUAUUAGAUGUGUCCGUCCAGCACGGGAGCUCUGACCAAGUGUAUGCUGGAAAGUCACAGACAAUGGAAACUUGAGUGGACACUGAUGGCCUUCUGGGUACAUAUUUGUACCAGCCACGAUGGGGGGAAAAAGGCUGAACUUUUUUUUUUAUCUGAAUCUUAUAAGAAGUUUUAAGACCAGAAAAUAUGGAAAGAUAUGUUUCUGAUAUUUUGUGUAGAGGAAGGGUUUAUGCCAAACUUGCCUGAACUAGACUACAGUUUGUUGGAACACCAACAAGACUGAAUCCUAUAGGAUCUUACUUGAGAGAACAGUACCACUGCUGAAAUCCUAUAAAUCACAUUUUUAUAUAUGGCUUCAGUGGUGGGGGAAAAUGUACCAACAGAUGUGGUAGUUUUUGUGGCACAGGCAGGAUCGCCAUUGCUCACAAAUGAAUGUAUUAAACAUGGUAUCUGUCUUUUCCUAAUAAUAAGGUGAAGAGUCAAAAUGCAUCUUAUUUUCAUGAGUUUACAUGAGUGAAGAUAAAAUGGUAAAUCUUUAUUUGUGCUUUGUCUUUUAUAAAGAUGUACUUUUGCCAGCCAAACUGCUGGCUGUGGAUGCUUGAAGAUAUUUGAGAAGUUUGACGAAGCAAGCAGACUGAUACAACUUUGCACUUAUUUAUAUUAGUAUGAACAUUUCAUUAAUUUAUAAUAAAGAGCACUAUUUUUCUAUGAAA